CCUAGUCCUCUUCCUCUCGCGCCCCGCCCCCAAAUCAACAAUCACCGCGGCCCCAAAUCCAUCGAAAACCCCAGGAUUUAACCCUGGAAAUCAGCCCAAAAUUAGAGGAAAUAUAUAUAUCUGCUUGCAGCCAUCCAAUCCGCCUCUCUCGCGCGAACCCUAGGAAUCUAGGAUAAUGGGGGAGGCGGCGGCGGCGGCGGAGGAGCUGCUACAUCGGAGGAUAGAGUUCCACGCCGCCACCAAGCCCCGUCCGCCGACGAAGGCGGCUGUGGCCGUGCCGGGAGGGUUUCGGAUGGAGAAGAGUCUCUUCGCGGGCGCUAAUAACCGCGUGGGGGCGGCGCGGGGCGGGCCGGAGGGCAGGAUGUUCGAGAAUGGGGAGAGCAGCGGGGGCGGGCGCGAGCUAAGCGCCGCGAGAUUCUACCUGCGGAGAAUCGGUGCUGGCUUGCACAAUCUCGGCAAUACAUGCUACCUCAACUCAGUUCUGCAAUGCUUGACGUAUACCGAGCCAUUCGUUGCCUACCUGCAGAGCAGCAAGCACAGAUCCUCAUGUCGGACUGCUGGAUUCUGUGCAUUAUGUGCUCUCCAAGACCAUGUUAGGUUUGCUCUACGGUCAACUGGGAAAAUUCUGACACCAGUGCAGUUUGUCAAGAACUUAAGAUGCAUUUCUCGUAGUUUUCGUAACUCUAGGCAGGAAGAUGCUCAUGAACUAAUGGUUAGCUUGCUUGAGUCAAUGCACAAAUGUUGUUUACCAUCUGGUAUACCAAGUGAGUCUCCAAGCGCUUAUGAGAAAAGUCUAGUUCACAGAAUAUUUGGUGGCCGCUUAAGAAGUCAGGUGAGAUGCACAAGGUGCUCACACUGUUCAAACAAAUUUGAUCCUUUCCUGGAUCUCAGUCUUGAAAUAGGCAAUGCUGCCACAUUGAUGAAAGCACUUUAUAAUUUUACUGAGGAGGAGCUAUUAGAUGGUGGGGAAAAGCACUACAGCUGCCAGAAGUGCAAGCAGAAAGUUGCGGCAAAGAAAAGGUUUCUUAUUGAUAAGGCUCCUUCUGUGUUGACAAUUCAUCUGAAACGCUUUAGUCCUUUCAACCCUCUUCAAAAGAUCAACAAAAAGGUGGAUUUUCAAACAACUUUAAACUUGAAGCCAUUUGUCAGCAAUUCAGAAGGUACAGAUUUGAAAUAUAGCCUCUAUGGUGUUUUGGUUCAUGCUGGUUGGAAUACACAGUCAGGUCACUAUUAUUGCUUCGUUCGGACAUCCAGUGGUCUGUGGCACAAUCUUGAUGAUAACCAGGUUCGCCAAGUCCGUGAGGCAGAUGUACUAAGGCAGAAAGCAUACAUGUUAUUUUAUGUGCGUGACGAAGUAAGGAGCUCUGUAAUUCAUAAAGGUAGUGGUGCCACCAGUUUCUCAGAAAAGGAAAUGAUAUCCAAAAAGAUUGCAUGUAUGAAUGGUGCAAUUCGAAGUGGUUUAAUGGAAAAAACUUUGUAUUUUCCCCCAAUUUCCAAAGAAGAUAUGAAGUUGCAGAAGCAUGGCCUGGAUAAUGGUCAGCCUAGUGAUAUUACUGCCACUUCACAAGGCCAGUGUUCAAAUGAGCAUAGCACCACUGAAGUUAUCAAUGCUUCAACAUCCAAAAACAUUGAACCAGAAGAGAAAGCCCCACAUGCACUCCCAGAAGGUGUUGAUACCUUGUCCACCAGAGCAGAGCAAAUAGCACUGGGUGUUCAGAGGGCGAUAAUGUCCCGAGGACAACCUGAUGUUUGUAUUCUUGAGAUGAAGUCACAGAAGCUGAACCCAGAUAAUGGUCAGUCCAACAAUAUUAGCGCCAGUUCGCAGGAACAGUGUUCAAAUGAACAUGGAAACACUGAAUUUACUAAAGAUUCAACAUCCCAAAACAAUGAGCAAGUACAGAAAGCCUCAUGCUCACAUGUUGCGGGUACUGCUACAUUCUCCACCAAAACAGAGCAAACUGCACUAAUUAAUCAAAGAGAUACAAUGUCUACAGCACAGCCUGAUGUUUGUAUUGUCUGUGAUGCGAACUCUGAUCAGAAGGUAUAUGAGAAGCCAUUACAGGAAUUGCAACUAGAACCUGAUGGUGCACUAACUGAUUCAGGCAAAGACUUCCCUGCUUCUGCACAGCCUGAUGCUUGUAGUCUCUGUGAUGCAAGCUCUGAUCAGAAGGCAUAUGAGAAGCCAUUGCAGGAUUUGCAACUAGAACCUGAUGGUGCACUCACUGAUUCAGGCAUAGACAUCCCUGCUUCUGUAUUUCAAUCAUGCAAUGGUGCUGAUGGGUUAUUGAGGGCAAACGAACAGGCUAAUGAACCUCGAACAUAUGCAUUUUGGAAACCAGCUCCUAAUACUGAUGCAACAAUUAUUGCAGUCGUCCUGACUGAGGAUACUGCUGUUUCUAGUGAUGCAAUAACGGGCAAUGAAGAUUCAACCAAUGGUAAUGAAGCUAAAGGGACAGAGCCUGUUAAGCAAUAUGAUGGACUAAUUGUGGUGAAGGAGCUUUCUGCAGAAACAAUUGAUGAUAAAGUAAAAGCAGAGGAGCAGACUACUGUGCAGAACAAUACACUGGGGGAUGCGCAGUCUAUGGUUAAGGAAGUCUCUCUUAUGGAAACUGGCCAUAUGGCAGACGCAGAGUACCAGUAUAACUCGCUGAACACUGGAGGUGCCAACUGUGAGAAAAAAAUCUCUUCUGAAACCUCUGCGCAUGUGGCUAGCUCCGAAGAUUAUGUGAUGUGCUCUGAAAACUUUGUGCAAGUGGUAGAUAAGGGUCCAUGCCAUGGCAGUCAGCAUAAAAACAUUAAAAUCAAGUCAAAGAAGCAUGUGAAUUAUCCAGUUGUCAACUUUUAUUUUGGGUCUAAACAACUGUUGUUGGCGUCACUGAAACCACGCAAGAAAAGGAAACACAAGAGAACUAGAAGGCGUUCAAAAUCAGAUGUAAACCCUGAAAGUAUUGCCAAUGAUCAGCAGACAUCAACAUCGGAAAUUGUUCUUACUAGUGGCAUAUCAUGUAAAUCCCAUAGACGAAAGUGCUCUUGUAACACUGCAGGUUCUGAAGAUGCUAUCCACAUGUAUAACAAGAAACAAAAUCUUGGAAACUCCUGUGCUGCCGAACUUACCAUGGACAAGAAGGGCAGCAAGGAUGCAACUCUUGCUGUUGCUGAGCUAGGAAGCUCAUUCCCGAGCUCUGUGUCAAAUCCUGAUUCAGGAAAAUGUGGGGAUACAGAUAAGAAAGGCUCCUGGCAUUUCGAUCUCCUCACAAGGGGUUUGAGAGUUCCACGAUGGGAUGACGACGACAUGCCAAAUACCAAGGCAGAAGAACUGCAAUGUUCGAGUGCCACCAGCAUUGGCUAUGUUUUAGAUGAAUGGGACGAGGAGUAUGACCGCGGGAGGACGAAGAAGGUGAGGAAAUCCAAGCAAGACUUCAGUGGACCGAACCCUUUCCAAGAGAUGGAAAACAUCAGAUCACGGCAGCGGAGGAGAUUGCGAACUGACCAGGCCAGGUCUGGGCACGAGCCUCUAAGGAUAUGACACGUUGUAGAAGCAUUUCGCUGUUGUGUCCAUCAGUUUUGAAACGGAUUUUCUUCUUUGUAUGUUUUUCAAGAUUUCUGAUGUGUUAUAUAGAGUUUGGACCGAUCAAUUUGCCUUGUAUUUAUUUCCAAUCGAUCAGUGGAGAAAUGAAAUGACAACUCUUUGUUCU